GGAAGGGCCGCUCCCACUCCCCACCACCAGAGGGCGCUAACCCCUCCUUUAACUACCCAACUCUUCCUGUGUAUUUCCUGCUUUCGGAAAGUCUGGGACAUUUCACGCCGUCUGGACGCAGAUGGCGAACGGACAGCUGUCGAGGGCCGAGGCGCUGGCCUGCUCAGACUGUAGACACGCCUGUCACGUGAUGCUGUACUCACACACCACUACUCAGCUUUUUGGGAGGACUCCCAUCAAACACAUCAUACUGAUGCAGAUGCGCUUUGAUGGUCUGCUGGGUUUCCCUGGCGGGUUUGUGAACCAAUCACAGGAGACCUUAGAGGCCGGGCUUUGCAGGGAAUUAAUGGAGGAGGUGGGCGUGGCUCUGUCUGUAUCGGAAGACGAUCACAUGGACGCUCGCCGUGCCCCCGCUACCUCCCCUUCGUGCCCCCGUCUCAUCACUCACUUCUACGUGAAGAAGCUGGAGGAGGAGCAGAUAAGGGAGGUGGAGAAAGCGUCCGCAUCCACCGCAAAAGAUCACGGCCAGGAGGUUCUGGGCAUGGUCCGAGUCCCGCUCUACACCACAAAAGGCGGCGGAGGCCUCUCGUCGUUUCUGUCGCACGCGUUCAUCGGGAACGCUCGCUCCCAGCUGGUCCACGCUCUGCUGCGUCUCCGCCUGGUCGAGCCCGAAGACCUGCGCCAGGCCCUCCGGGACUCGCUGAAGACGCACGCACGCAGCGAGGUGGACCUGCAGGAAGCGCUGACGGAGGCCGAGCGAGAGCCGUCGUGAAUCGCGGUAACCCGUCUUGUAGAUCCCCUGCCUAUUCACGGUGGUUCCAGAAAGUUUGAUGGCGUUAUCUACAGGUGGGGUUGGGAUCUUUAUCAUUGCACUUACAGUUAAAAUAGACCUUUAGCAGCUACAAGCUUUGUGAGGUCAAAGGUGGGUUUCUGUUCCUCCACACCAAACUCAUCCAAGCAUGGACCUUGCAACAAGAAAUGGUCUUCUCUCACAAAGUUAGAAGCAUAUAAUUAUCAGAUUGUAAUAAAAUGAUGCACACUGUAAAUCA